AAGACGAUUGUUUCAGUUACAGUUUAUGAACAUGAAGGUAUAAAUAAUACACACUUUGAUCGUACAGUUGACCCUUUCUAUGGUGACUGGUCUAAACCCCUUAGCUGUUGUGUUGCUUAGAAUUUUGUAAAGUCUUUUUUAGACAUAUUUUCGUUUCAUAAAAAACUUGCCAAUAUUUCAGGGCUAGCGUAGCAAGUUAGCAAACAGCAUUUUGAAUUAAGAAGUGCAUGUAAAGCAUUCUUCCUUCGUUUGUUUGUCGAUCAUCGAUACGCGAUAUACAACCGAAACAUAUAGUUGGGCUAGAUUAACGUUAGAAAACCAAAAUUGGGUCGUGUACACUGAUAUGUUAUGCUAGUACAUUAGAUAAAGCCGUGAACUUUACUUAAACAGUUAAACUGGAACGACUAUUCGGCUGCUAUCUCGUCUGCUUUCUCUUCACUAUAGACAAUCGCGCCGACGUAAACAAAGAAAAGUGACUGGCAAUGGUCUAAAUUGGGUAAAAAUUGGCUCCAAAGAUAGCUGUUAUCCUUCCAGAGCCGAUUUGACGAAAAUUAGAUUGUGCUGCCGCCGGAUAGUGAUUUUUCCACAAUUUUAAACAUUUGGUGCUAACAGUAAUUAGUAACUUGGUUUUCAGGUUCCCAUCGCGCUUUUUCGAAGACGACGGUCAGGCAAGAUGAUAUGACUUUGUUAUAAGCACCAAAGAAGAUUGUAAACAAAUAAUAUAAGAAUGACUCAACUCAAGGAAGAUGAUAAUGUUAUGAUGUCCCAGGCUGAGGACAGCGACGUAACUUCAAGCUUUACGGAAAACAAUAAUAUCGCUUCGUCCGAAAAUAAACAAGCCCAGUCUGUUAAUAAACAGAAAGAAGUUGAUGAUGAACUCCAAGAAAAAGGCAUUCAAAAUGAAGAAUGUGAUGGCGGUAUUGAGAAGAAGCAAGAGGCAAGUGGAAGCAUAAAUGUCUACGAAGAAGCGGGAAAACAGAACUUUUGGGAUGAAAUAAAAAAGCAAGUUGAAUGUGGUAAAAACAAGGAAAAUCGUUGGAAGAAGUCAAUUCUUUGGCGUGCUUUUCAGUUUAAUCCAGUAGAUCAAAAAAUUGUUGAAUAUUUAGUUGAUCAUGGAGCAGACGUUUAUUCCCAGAACGAAGAUGGUGAGACAUUUCUGAUGAUGGCGACAAGGAAUGGUUUACUCGAUCUUGUUAAGUAUUUUGUUCGAGUUAGCCAUAAACAUAAUUUCCUAGACGAUAACAAAGAUCUUCCAAGUACAUUACAGUCAAAAAUGGCGAAAAAUCGCGCUAAGAUUUGUGGUGAUCUUGUAAAUUGUAAGGAUAAGUCAGGAAAAACCGUUUUGCAUCAUGCUGUUAAUGUUGCCGAAAUAGACAUUGUCAAAUAUUUAGUUGAACAAUGUGGCGCUGAUGUAAACGCAAAAGAUGACGAGGAAUGGACAGUUCUGCACAAUGCUGUUACUAAAGAUUCGCUAGAAAUAGUGAAAUAUGUUGUGGAAAAGGGCGCUGAUGUAAAUGGACGGGAUACUGAAGGGACGACAGUGUUGCAUGCCGCGAUUAGCAAAGGUACGCUGGAAAUGUUGAAAUAUCUUGUUGAAAUUGGCGCUGAUGUAAAUGGAAAAAAGAAGAACGGGUGGACUGCGCUGCACGUUGCGGUUACUGAAGGUACGCUUGAAAUGGUAAAAAGUCUUGUUGAAAAGGGCGCUGAUGUAAAUUGCAAGUACAUGGAUGAAUGGACGGUCUUGCACUAUGCUGUUUGUGAAGGUACACUAGACAUGGUGAAAUAUCUUGUUGAAAAGGGUGCUGAUGUGAGUAUCAUGAAAACUGACGGAUCUACUGUGCUGCACUAUGCUGUCACCAAAGGUACGCUAGAAAUGGCAAAAUAUCUUGUUGAAAAUGGCGCUGAUGUAAAAGGAAAGAAUACUCACGGGUGGACUGUACUGCGCAGUGCUGUUAGUGAAGGUACACUGGAAAUGGUAAAAUAUCUUGUUGAAAAGGGCGCUGAUGUAAAUGAGAAGGGUAUUCACGAGUGGACAGUGCUGCACGUUGCUGUUACCGAAGGUAAACUAGAAAUGGUGAAAUGUCUUGUUGAAAUCGGCGCUGAUGUAAAUGUAAAGGAUAUUACCGGGAGGACAGUUCUGCACGCUGCUGUUUAUGCUUUCACCAAAGGUACGCUAGAAAUGGUAAAAUAUCUUGUGGAAAAUGGCGCUAAUGUAAAAGGAAAGAAUACUCACGGGUGGACUGUACUGCGCAGUGCUGUUAGUGAAGGUACACUGGAAAUGGUAAAAUAUCUUGUUGAAAAGGGCGCUGAUGUAAAUGAGAAGGGUAUUCACGAGUGGACAGUGCUGCACGUUGCUGUUACCGAAGGUAAACUAGAAAUGGUGAAAUGUCUUGUUGAAAUCGGCGCUGAUGUAAAUGUAAAGGAUAUUACCGGGAGGACAGUUCUGCACGCUGCUGUUUAUGAAGAUGUUCUAGAAAUUGUGAAGUAUCUUGUUGAAAACGGCGCUGAUGUAAAUGCAAAGGAUACUGACGGAUGGACAGUUCUGCGCACUGCUGUUUAUAAAGAUGCGCCAGAAAUUAUAAAGUAUCUUGUUGAAAACGGCGCUGAUGUAAAUGCACAGGAUACUGACGGAUGGACAGUUCUGCAUGCUGCUGUUUAUGAAUAUCCGCGAGGAAUUAUGCGCCAGAAGGAUUUUAUUGGGAAGACAGUUCUGCAUUAUGCUGCUACCAAAGAUGCGCUAGAAAUUGUAAAGUAUCUUGUUGCAAUGGGCGCUGAUGUUAAUGGAAAAGAUACUUACUUGAGGACAGUGCUGCACAGUGCUGUUACUAGAAGUACGCUAGAAAUGGUGAAAUAUCUAGUUGAAAACGGCGCUGAUGUAAAUUGCAAAAGUGCUGAUGGAUCGACAGUCUUGCAUACUGCUGUUGAUAUGGGUGCAUUAAAAAAGGUCAAGUAUUUAGUUGAACAAGGUGCUGACAUAACAGUUGAAAGUAAAAUUAACGCUCAUACACUUGGUACUGAUAUUCUGGAGAUGGCUGUUGUGCACAAUUCAGCUGUUUUGGUCAACCUUUUGCUGGAAAAGAACGUUACUGUGUGCAAAGCUCCAACAUUUUUUGUUGAAGGAAGACAAAUGAGUCUUUAUCAAUGGAGUGUUCACUUUGGUCAUGAUGAGAUUGCAACUAUCCUCGGGCGCUCCGUAAAACAUCGUGAGAAAAUUCAGAUUUUGAAAACAACGAAUUGCAAUAAGUUAGACAAGAUUGAAAUACCGAUGCAGGCUUUUGUCGCAAACAAUCAAUUCCAAAUUGGCGGUGGUGGUUUUUCUUGUGUCUAUGUUGGUCUCAUGAAAGAUGGGAGUGAAGUUGCUGUUAAGAGAAUUUUAGUACAAAGUGAAGAUAAAACAGUCGAAAACGAAAAGGAAAUCAUGAGUCUUAUUGAAACUGACAAAUCUCCGUUUAUAGUGAGCUAUCGAUAUUUUCACCGGGACGACAUAUUCAUGUAUCUUAUUAUUGAUCUUUGCGAAGAAACGUUGAGGGAACUUGUUCAUGCAUCUAGUAAUGAACAUCUACAAGAGCGUGGUCCACGAAUGAUUAGGGAAAUUCUAUCAGGACUUCAAUUUCUUCACGGCAAAGGAAUAUUACACAGAGAUCUAAAACCAUCAAAUGUCCUGGUUGAUAUCGAAGGUCGCAUGAAAUUGGCAGACUUUGGAAUAAGCCGCGUUCUAAAUGACGAUGAAACGACAGUUGAAACAUUUGCCAAAGGUACUCCUGGAUGGAUGCCACCGGAAGUAAUUAAGGCAAUAGACAAAGACGAAAAAGGUCCGUUCAAAAAGAAAUCGGAUAUGCACGUCGCAGGUAUGAUUGCCUUCUUCAUCUUAACAAAAGGUGAACACCCUUUUGGAUCCAAGUUAGAUCGAAUGAAAAAUAUUUUGAAAGGAAGCUCUGUGAAUUUGAAGAAACUUAGUGAUCGCAGAGCUCGAAAAUUUGUGGCGUGGCUGAUUAAUCACAAGAUUGACAAUAGACCUUAUGCCGAGGAAGCGCUGGGGGACUCUUUCAUUAAUGAAUAUUGAUACAGUCAAAACACAGAAUUUUUCUACGAAGAUGAAGCCAACGUUAUUCGAAAUUAUCGCAAUGUCUUCACUAUACAUUAUCAACGCGGAGUUCGUAAAGAAAAACAAUUAUCUUGACUUGGCAUUUCAUAUUCCUGAAUUUCACAACAUGGUAUUCUUUUGUUGUUGAACUGGAUAAAUCAAAAUAAUUAUAUUUACUUUUGUAUGCGUCUUUUUCAUGUGUGCUGUAAUUUAGCUCCAUUUAUACAAUUAAUAGAGGAUCAUCUAGCCAAGUGGACAAACUUGUACAAAGAAAAGUUGGUUAACCUGAUAAUCAUUGUAUAUAAACGUUGGUGAACUGCUCGUCUGAAUAUGAACGAAGUCCAAUUUUUGGAAAUAGUUUGUCCAGUUUUAAUCGGUUCCUAGUGUAGGCCUAGUCGGUUCAUCUUCGUUCCCAGGCCUUUCUCAGUAUUACGUGCAACGUUAUUACGGGAGAAUGUGAAGGGCUUGGCACGGGGACGAACUAUAAUGAGGAUGGCAGGGAAAUUCCAUGCGAUGUAAUUUCUCGGUGUUUAUCGAUUCAAGGAACAUUUUAAAGAUUGUGUGUUUACCGUAAUUGCGUGCUCAAGUCAACUUUACACUCCACGCCUAAAAACCACAUUUGAAUUUAUUUGCUAAUUUACCUUUCUAAUGAAAAUGCAGGACAGUUGAUUACCAUUCUUCAACAAUUCUUGUUAAUUAACGGCGCAAAACAAUCCUGUGUGUGUGUUUGUGUUUGUGUUAGUUGUUUAGGGCGAAUCUGCACAACCACGGACUUAGUUAGCCUGAAAAUAUAUAUAGAGAGUUUGUGAGUCAAACUUCACGAAAACUUGUUCCAUUUGUAUGUAUAACAGCAUAGUCUACUGAUAGACCAAAUGAUAUACAUUCAUAGUCUACUGAACUUUGUGAUAACAUU